AUGCAGAAGAUCAGUGUUGCGUCUAUGCUGAAACCUGUGCGGCUGCACACAGUGCGGGAGGAAGCGGUAGCGGGAGCUGAAGCAAAAGCCAAAGUGGGAGCUAAAACGGGAGCUAAAAUGGGAGCUAAAACGGGAGCUAAAUCAGGACUGGAAGCUGAUACGGCAGCUGGGGAGACACUGGACGCUGGCGCGUCCAGUGAGGUGCUGCAGCUGCAUGUGCCUCGGUCGCGGUCGCACUCGCAGUCGAUAUCCAAGAGCAACAGUGUGAUCUCUGGCAGCAGCUACUCUAGUGCUGGGCGGAUAAUCGGUGUGAACUCGGCGAGGAGGCCGAGCGAUAACCUGAUGCUGCAGAUCAGUGCGCACUCAGACGGGGACUCAGACGAUGAAGCCGGCGGAGACACGCCGUCGAAGGCGGCUGAGACACAUGCGAAUGCGGUACCGAAGCCCGUUAGGCCCACCUCAGACAAUUCCAUUAGAUCGAACGACACCGCGCUGUUCUCAGCGAACCCCACAGACUCCUCUAACGGAUCUGCCUCUGAUAGCGAUUACGACGAGCAGCACGACACCUCGAUGGUUUCCGGCAAGAGCGCCACUACGAUGAUGAGCCCGAGCCUCGCGCUGUCAAUUGGCAGCGGUAUGACCAGGUCAGAUGUGAUCACGCCGAACAAGUACAGCAACCUGGACUCGGGGUCCCUUGGGAUUGCGGAAACACCGAAGGCUAGGUACAUUUUCUCCAACGUCAACAGGAACAGAUCGCAGUCCUCGAUCAAGAGCUCAGAGAACUCUUCCCCAUUGAGGUUCGUCGAUGGACCGAACCAGAGACGUACUCUCCCAGGUGCCUCAAACACGUACUUGCACUCCAACAGUACCUCGGCUAUCCUACCAACUAGUAGAGCCAUGACACCCUCACACAGAUAUAGACUUCGCAAGGAGAUGAGAGAUGUCGCUCUAAAGAAAUCCAUAAAACAGAAAGAGAAAUUUUACGAAGAACAGGAUUCUAAUCUAGACUUGAAAGACGAUAAUGUCGAUGCUUCUUUGAUAUGGAACAUUCCGAUGGCUUCAUACUCAACCAGCUCUUUCCUUAACACCACCGAUUCUAAACAUAAGGAUACGAACAUAAAAGUCACUUCACCGGAGAAUAAUAGAGUAAUUAAUAACAAAAUUGAGCGCCAGGAUCGCCGCUUCCCUCAGAAAAACCAAGUGCAUUCGAGAAGCCAGCCCAACCUACCCAGAUUACAACAGAGGCCCAUGAAGCGACCUGUUCAUCAACAACAACAACCUAUCACUUGUUUCGAGGACAUUCCAGCUACUCCAAUUCCAGGUGUCUCAAAUGUCACAGAUACAGAAUUCAUCCAGGAUACCAUACAAAACUUAUCUUCAGUGUACUUACACUCCCAGGAAAUGAAGUCUCGUGGCCAAUUGGAGAAAAGACAAUCUUCAACCCAAUACUUACCUUUGAACGUCAAAGAAAUGAGUGAUUUGGGGAUGGAAGACCUUGUGCUAGUGUCUGACAAAAAACUGGAAGCUGUGAGCUCAUCCAGACCAACUUAUCUGCCACCAAAAUCAACUAAGGAGAAGCAAAUGCACGAACAUGAAAUAUCGAAGUACAUGAAGAUGGCAUCAGAUGAACAAAUUCAGAGGAAAAUAUCACAGACUAAACACAUGGAAGAGGACAAAGCAAACCACGAAAGAUAUGCUCAUUUAUUGCAAAGAGGUAUCACAAGAAAAUCUUCUUUGUUUGACUUAAGAAAAAUUUCAUGGAAGACAGCCAUAAGUGAUGAACUCAGAUGCUCUAUUUAUCAUACUAUUUUGGAAAGUGAUGCCCAAUUAGUAUCAUCAAAGUACUUGGAGAAUUUUGAUUAUUUGAACAGCAUUCUGGAUCAGAUGGAUUUCCCAACUGAUAAAGAAAGUGAAAUUAAGCAGAUAAUCGAGAAGAAUAUUACGACCAAAAUCGGAUACUCUUCAGUUAAAGACAAAGAAUUGACAUUGUUACUGAAAUUGAAGUCGAUCUCCAAGCAGGGGCUUAUGGUUGGUGAUGCUCAACUUUUCCAUAACUUCUUGAAUUGCAAAUCUUUUAAAACUUUGAAGGACAUUUGGGAGAUAGCCAAUCUGAUUCAACUGACUUGUUUCAACGACACAUGCAAAGACAAGUUUGACAGCCGUAUUAUUGACCCUCGUGGUAUCACAGCUAGAAUUCUGCAUAGUCCAAGUUUCAAAGCAGAGAUGACUAGCUCAAUUAUGAAUUUCAACACCUGGUGGAACAUUAUGUCCCGCAUUGACAACAACCUAUUUAUGUGGAUCAUGGAUAUUAUUGUAAUUGAAAAUUGCCAAUGCUUCACCAACAAGCAGAUUAACAAAGACCAGCUGAGAGAUAAGAAUUGGGAUUACUAUGUAAACAAAUACGUUGUUGUUAACUACAAGAUCCUGGCCUCGCUAGCAGCUUCUGUUCUACUGGACUACCAUUUUGGGUUCAACGACCUAAAACAUCUGGAACGCAUUGACAAAAAAUUCUGUAUACCACUCUACUCUGAGGACACCGAAUGCAACAUCAUCAAUAGCUCAUUCAUCAAGAAAUGGCACCACCAGUACAAAAAAUACUAG